UUAGUUGGCAAUGCGGUAACAAAUGUCACUUUAUUUCCAGUUUUCUUGUGUCAGCUAUUUUGUGUCAGCAAAAGAGGUUUUUGCGAUAAUCAUUUCAAGUUAUGUUCAUAUAUAAACUGGCGCUAAACUAUUGCGCAAAUCAGCUGCACUGUGAAACAACUUAGUUUUUAACGUUACACACAGCUCCGCUUCUUACGAAUGUACACAAUUGUGGGAUAUCUAAAUUCACUGGAAGGAAGCUGCGUCUGAUUUUUAAGAUAUAUAGAUUAAGGUUCACCAGCCAAAGAGUAUACGCUUUGCUCUGUGCUAAGAACAUUUGGCAAAAAUAGUAAAUAAUAUGACUGACCCCGAUAUUCCCAGUGUUCCAGUUACAACUUUGGCUUGCUUGACAAGUUUGUCAGAUUUACUUAGCGAACUUCCAGUGCCAGACACACUAGCAAGUGUGACUUCGUUAAACAAAUCUCUGCUAUUCCACACCCUAGUGGCUAAGGAAUCGAACAAUUUGUUGUCUGUGCGGGAUGACAACCUCGUGAAGCAACUGGUUAAUGCCAUCGAACAGACAAACUCUGAAAUAAUAGAACUUAAAUCCCAGUAUGCCAUUGAACAAUUUGGUACUAAUAUAAACACAUACCCGGAACUGCUACAGGGCAUUUACAGUUAUAGUCCUACAGUGUUUAAUACUAAUAAUGGCAAAAUAAAUCUACAGAAAAAUAAUAGGCAACAAACUCAUCAACAACAGCAACAACAAUGGUACAAUGUAGUGCACGGUCAACGAGGCGGCAAUUCAACGUUGCAACACGACGAGCUACAACGUAUUCAACAGCAAUCGCCACUGGAUGUUAAUAACUCAACUAUAUCAAAUGAUUUGCCAAGUGGGAUUUUUCCAACAAUGGAAAUGACUUCCAUGCAAAAUAAUAAUUAUGAUAUUCAAACUCCGAAGAAACGUAAGCAACAUACAAUAACGGAUCAAGGGCAAAUGCUUCCGGUCGAACAACAAAAAGUCGAUUUCGAAAAUAUGGCGUGUUUCCAGAAUGCCAGUUCUUUAUCGGUAACGAUGAAUUCAAUAAGUCCCGAAACGCAACAAAAUAUAGUUGCGCAACAAUUCAAUGCAGCGCCACCAACCGCAAUUCAGCAGCCUAUUGUGCAUACUCAAAACCAUCAAAAUCAAAUUUCCGCGCCAAUGCCAGACAACAUUUGCACAGCAACGCCCGUUGUAUACAAUGCCCAAUUCCAAGUUAAUAAUGGAUAUACCCAACAUAAUAUCACUGCUCUAGUUCCAGGAACUCCGGCUUUUGCACAAGGAACUCCUGCUCUUGCGCCAGGAACUCCUGCUCUUGCUCCAGGAACACCUGCUCAACCCCCAGGAACUCCUGCUCUCUUUUCAGGAACUCCUGCUCUAGCUCCAGGAACUGCUGUUCAAACUCCAGAAACUCCAGUUGCAAAAGAAGUAAGAUCAAAUAGUGAUGCAACGCUGGAGCCAAUUAAGAGUGAAAUCGUAAAUGAUGUUCCCAAGACCAAUACUGAAGCGAGCAGCAAACCCGCUGAAAAAUCCAAUGUUCGGGUAUGUAUAAAUCGACUUAAAGAAAAGGAUGCAUCUCUCAUGCAACAAAGCAUACAAAAAUUUGUAAAGAAAUCACCAGAGUCCGCAAGAAAAUUUGGCUUAAUAUCUCCACCUGAAGUGGAGACACCAACAACAGCAACGCCAGCACCACCGCCAGUACCAACAUCAGCACCUGCUGAAACGGCUGCAACAACGGCAGCUACGGAAUCUGCGCUAAUUGCUAAAAAGUUAACUACCAAAGCAGCAGAAAGCGAUGAUGCAUUUACCUUGAUGAAAACGAACGACAAACCACUAGCAAUCAAACGGAAGAUUCCACCUUCCGUUGACGAAGUUCCACCAGAACAAAUACACUCCCUACCGAAAUUACGUUGUGUUGAGCGCGUCGUUUCCACGCCUUCUGCAAAAAGCUCCAAGGACGAAAUUUUACGAUCGCAGACCUAUCAACAGUUUAUGCGAAACUUGGAGCAAAUUAUUGAAACGUUGGACGACACAGAAAUCCCAAAUUUCGAUACCGAUGAGGUGGACGAAAACAUCGAAUGUAUAUCGUCUAGAAUGCUAAACAUAAUGAGCAACGACAUCGCUAAAUUAAAAGCAAAAUAUGUCUUAGAUGUUAUACCGAAAAACAAAUUGGCCCUAUUAGUUAAUUACGCUAUGCGAAAUGUCUAUUUGGCUAAAAACUACUCUGCAGGGCCAGAUGACGAAGACGAUAUCGUGGACGAUGAGAUUAUGGAAAAGAUUUUAAAUGGCAUCGAAGCUUGCCUGCUAAUAUGCAACAUCUAUUGCACUUCGAAAGAUAUCAAAUUCUUGCAAGAGGACAACAUUUCACUUAUCAUUAAAUUCAUGCACUUUCAGUUUCGGGAGACAAUCUUUCCGUCGUACGAUCCGGUUUAUACAGUUAAGAGUAUGAAGAAGACGGAUAAUCGUAAGAAAUCGAAAAUUUAUCAAAAUUACAACCGCAGCUUGCAGUUGCUCUACUCAAAAGCCACUGAGCUAAUGAAAGUCUUCGUUACACUUUUCGAUAAAUACAUAUUUGUGGACACCAUUAUUUUGCCGUUGUCCACCUUGUCCAUCGAACCAUUCUUUGUUGAUAAUAUCGAAACGUUGCAAUUUGUUUGCCUCGAAUUGGUCACAACCAUAUUUCGCAAGGAGGAGUACGUCAAAAUACGCAGUAGCAUACUCGGCGAUAUAUUGACUUCAAUAGAUCGGUUGCCGUCUUCGAAGAAAAAUCUACGGCCUUUCAAACUAAUCAACAACAGUGGCAACAUACAAAUGGUCACCGCUUUGGUGCUGCAACUGAUUCAGUGCGUUACCAUUUUACCCGAUGUCAUGAGCAGCAACUCACAAAACAAACGGAAGGCGUUACCACAAUACGGAGAACUGGCUAGUCAGGCUUCCAGUUUCUCCACCCAAACCGAUCGUCAAAACAUCGAUGUCAUUGUUCUGAAGAAAUACGAUGUUGCUAUAAGCAUAGGAGGCAAUUUUCUAACAACGUUUUUGAAUAAAUGCAAGUCGCGCUCAAAUGAAACUGAUUUCCGUCCAAUAUUCGAAAAUUUUAUUUACGAUCUCCUGGCAACCGUAAACAAACCAGAAUGGCCCUCAUCCGAAUUACUGCUCUCACUUCUGGGCACGAUGCUGGUGCGUUAUGUGUCUGACAAAUCUAUAGAGCAGAGCAUACGUUUGGUUUCGCUGGAUUAUUUGGGCAUAGUGGCCGCGCGUUUGCGCAAGGAUGCCGUAGACUCGCGCUACAAGGUGAAUGUCAUCGACUCAAUGAUCAGAUAUAUCAAGGUGGAGCAAGAGAAAGAGGGCGACUUGCCCACUAGCAACAACAAGGUGGAAUUAAAGGAAGACGAGCGCGUUGAGUUUCUGCAAAAGAUACUCCUGGAUUUUCUAGCCGCUAAUGCACACGUGGAUAAUCCUAUCUGGGAUUAUGCCAGACACUUCUAUUUGACUCAGUGGUAUCGUGAUAUAAUAUAUCAGCGCCGGAAUAUUAACGAAGGCGCCAAGCGCGACACGUCGCGAAAGAAGAGCUCACGCAAAAGGCGCACGGAAGCCGACCUCUCCGGCAGUGACUCGAAUGACGACAGCGGCGAUGAUAUUAAUUUUGUGAAUGUUGAUAGUCGUGUCGGUGGCGAUUGCACUAUGGGUGACCAGGAGCUGAAUAUGGAGCGUUUCAAUGCGCUUGAUAAACGCAAGCAAUGCCUGCUGAAUAACAUAAAUCCAUACUCAACGCUGGGCGAUUCCAACCAUGCACAACACAUCAAAACUUAUAUCGAUUACAAUAAUGCACUUUUAAUAGCACAAUAUUUGGCCAGCAAAAGACCAUUUAGCAAGUCAUUUGAUGGCUACCUGAAAAAGAUAAUAUUGGUUGUAAAUGAGCCGUCGAUUGCAAUAAGAACACGCGCCAUGAAAUGCUUAGCUAACAUAGUCGAAGUUGAUCCCAUGGUGCUGAGGCGCAAGGACAUGCAAAUGGGCGUAAACCAAAAGUUCUUGGACGCUGCUAUAUCGGUGCGCGAGGCAGCCGUAGAUUUAGUUGGUAAAUUCGUAUUGAGCAACGAAGAGCUGAUCGACCAGUAUUACGAUAUGUUGUCGACUAGAAUUCUGGACACGGGCGUGUCGGUGCGCAAGCGUGUCAUUAAAAUUCUGCGCGACAUAUGCAUUGAGUAUCCGACGUUUCAGAAGAUUCCGGAAAUAUGCGUGAAAAUGAUCAGGCGGGUGAACGACGAGGAGGGCAUACAAAAACUGGUGACGGAGGUUUUCAUGAAAAUGUGGUUUACGCCGUUGCAUAAAAACGACAAGGACGGCAUACAUUUGAAGAUUAAUCAGAUUAUAGAUGUAGUUAAUAUAGCACACGACACCGGCACCGCCUGGUUGGAGGGCCUGUUGAAUAGCAUAUUUCAGCCGAAGGAGAAUACGGCCAAGGGCGAUGACGGCAUGAAGGACACGCUGCACAAGAAAACUGAGCCGCCGGCUGAUAUUUUGUUGUCAUGCCAGCAAUUGGCCGACGGCUUGGUCGCGCGUUUGAUCGAACUCGAGGACACGGACAACACGCGUAUGUUGGGCUGCAUAACCACAUUGCAUUUAUUGGCGAAGGUGCGCCCCCAACUGCUGGUGCAGCACGCAAUUACUAUAGAGCCUUAUCUGAACAUCAAAUGCCACCCCACAACAGCACCGAAAUUUAUUUGCGCAGUGGCAGAUAUACUGGAAAAGGUUGUUCCACUGGUUAAUAACGCUAGCGAAUCGUUUUUGGCUUCGUUGGAAGAGCAUUUGAUGUUACUGGUUGUGUCACUCAAUCAAGCGGUGGUAAAGAGUUGCGUCUCAUGCUUGGGCGCAAUCGUUAACAAAAUCACAAAGAAUUACGCUUUGAUAAGAGAUUGCUUUCAGAAGUUUUAUCGCAUUUUAGAUCAAACUAGAAGUCAAAUAUUGCAAAAUAGGCAAAUUAAUAAUUUAAGUGCAGCUAUACGCCGGAGCCUUUUCACCAUUGGCAUCCUGAUGCGUUAUUUCGACUUCAAGUCGAAAGAGGUGGUAGGCGAAACAAACGGGUUAUCACCAACAAUAUGCAGCGAUGUCUUCGAUUGCUUGAUGUUCUUCGCACAAUAUAAAAGUCACGACAUACGCAAGGAAGCGCUCAUAGCGUUGGGCUCAUUUUGUGUGAUGAACGAUGAUUAUCUUACGAAUACGAAGCUGAAGCGCUACUACUGCGACUUGCUACUCUCGGAAACAAGUGAUGCUGGCAUUAAGAUUAUUUGCUUGCGCAAUAUUUGGAUUUAUCUGACUGAGUCGGAAAUGCAUAUGUACAAUAAGGAGAAGGAUUGGGACAAACAGUCGAAAACCGAGGAUCUUAAGGAGAUGAACGACGUGUCGUCGGGUAUGUCGAGUCGUAUCAUACAACUGUAUCUGCAAGAAAUCUUCGAAUGUUUCCUAAACAGUGAUGACAACGUGCGUUUAUGGGCCGUCAAAGUUAUACAAAUCGUGCUGCGACAAGGCCUCGUGCAUCCGGUCAAGACUGUGCCAUAUCUUAUAUGCCUAAGCACAGAUUCGAAAUUGGAGUCUGCGCACAGAGCGGAUGCCUUGUUGAAAGACAUCGAUAAGAUGUACAAUGGUUUUGUGAAUAUGAAAGCGCAGCUGGGACUGCAGUUCAGUUUCAGAUUGCAGGGCAUUUUGCAGCACAACCUCAAGGGCAAGGGAAAAGUCAUACGUGGCUAUGUUAAAAGACACAUGGACGCAAUGCCAACAGCGCUGAAUGACUUUUUAUAUACGCUUUUGCGCCCAAUCAAGACGCAGCGACGCGCGCUAGUUCAAACGAUUAUAAAGCAAUUCGAUGAUCAAAAAACAUCAUUACAACAAAUGCUAUACAUAGCGGAUAAUUUGUCUUACUUCCCGUAUGUGGUGCAAGAUGAGCCACUAUAUUUGAUACAUCAAGUCGAUUUACUCAUUUCUAUUGUUGGCACUAAUUUGCUCACCACUUUCAAGGAAAAUCUGAAGCCCAGCGUCAAUGUGGGGGACGUUUUGGAAGAUGAUGACGACGAAGAUGAUCCCGAUGUGCUGUUCAAGCGUCUGCCAGAGAAUGCAUUUGAGAUGCAAAAGUGCAUAAUGUCUUCACAAGCGUGUAUGCUCCUACUAAUUCUAAAGGAUCAUCUGAAGCAUAUGUAUAGUCUUACGGAUAGUAAAAUAUCAAGGUACUCACCGUCGGAGCCGAAGUUGUACGAGAAGGCAGUAGUUCGUAAAACAGUGCAAGAUUUUAACCCUAAAACAACAAUAGAUAUUAUUAAGAAGCAACAGGAGGCGAUGUUGACCUCGAAUGUUGCGAAUAGCAAAACCAAUUUAAAUGACGACGAACGGAUGGAUCUGGUUAUCAAAUAUUUAGAUUUUAAAAAAUUAAUGCUUAAACUGGAUCCCGACGAUGAGGAUUCAGAUGACGAGGGUCGCAAUAAAUCGAAACUGAAUUUAACAGCUAAUACGUCACAGCUGAAUUCGAGUUCAGCGAGUGCAAAUAAGUCGACAGAUGACAGCUGUUUAGAUGUGGAUAAAUCAAUGAAGCAAGAGAAUUUGACUUAAUUAAGCUUUGUGACUAUAGUAAGAUGAUGAGUAAUAUAAUGAAAAUAUAUAUAACCAUGUACAAACAUACUUUCAUAAAUAAAUACAAAAAAAAAAAUUCACACAAAACGAUU